CUGGUGCGCCGGGCGUACGGCGAACUGCCGGACAGUCUGCUCCGCCACCUCAGGAACGUUGACAUCGUCGUGGAAGACUGGCCGGGCCCCGAUGAGGCAGACCUGGUGGGAGAGCACAACUCGCUCUUCGGGCUGUACCACGGCUGGCCACUCACGGAGAGGGACAGCAUCGGGCCGGCGCUGCCCGACCGCAUAUUAAUUUACCGAGGGCCCAUCCUGCAGGCCUGCGAAAGCCGGGACGAGGCCGUUCGGGAAAUACGGAUCACGCUCUGGCAUGAGAUCGGCCACUACCUGGGCAUGACCGAGGAAGACCUGCACCGGCUGGGAUACGGAUGA